CUGAAAAGUUAAAAGCAAAGAAAAGUAACAAUGGGAUAAACAAAAUGGAUAAGCAACGAAAUAAAUUAACAGCUGCAAUUCAACAUUUGUCUGAUAAAGAGGUUCCAGCAGCCAAUCACCUUAUUACAACUAUGCGUUAUCCAAAAGGUGGUUUAAAUGAAGGAAAUAUUCUAUCACCAUAUCUUCAAAACAAAGCAUAUGAUUAUAUUACUAAUAGUUUUUAUAAGCAUAAUGAAUCUUUAAAGGAUGCAAAUAAUCAACUAGAGUUGGAAAACAGGAGGCUUCACAAUCAAACAGAAAAGUUAAUUGGAAGGACAAAAUCACUUGGAGCUCAAAUAAGAUUCAAUCUCUUUUUAUGA